AAACUUUUCAACAUGGCGACACAACAAACGGAAGCGAUCGAAGCAAUGGAAAAUGCGAACCGAACUUCGCAUCCUGGCUUCAGUAACGACAAGUAUUCUCUGCUCGUCAUUGUCGGUGGACAUAGUCGGACUGGAUUUGUGGACUACGUGGUGGCAGAGAUAAAGAGAGGCAUCCGCUCAUGGGAUGUGGACCUGACAUUCUGUAACCUGGACGAGCAGCUCAAGCUCUUUGUGUCUCGACACUCUGCCUUCUUCUCGGAAGAAAUAAAAGGCCAGAGGACACUGCAGCACAGUGGAGACGUUCUAGACACCAAGGUGGUGGGGAACCCAUCCCAUGAGUUGGUCUGCUCAGAGGUGCGCCGGCUUAUAUCUGACGUGUCUCGCCACAAGUUGUUGGUUCUUGCUGGACAAUGUGUCGAAGAGGCAGGAGACCUGGUCUUACAAACAGGAUGUUUCUCUCUCAGUGACUUCAUUCAGAUAUUUGCUGAUGAAGAGAUUGGAGAGUUAUUGAGCUCGGCAGACCCUACACAAAAAGCUAGCCUCACACUGAGUUGUCCUAACACUGGAGUGUGGAAGAACUCCGUGUUGGAGAAACACAACCUACAAGACUUCAUUGACAUCAAAACAAACCUGCCAUCAGUGCUACCUGAAAUGGAAGGUCUGCAAGAGUUCACAGAAUAUCUCUCCGAGUCCCUGGAGCCACAGUCUUCUUUUGAGCUGCUGGAGCCCCCCAGUACUGUGGGCUUCCUCAAACUCUCUCGCCCCUGCUGUUACGUAUUUCCAGGUGGGAGAGGAGACUCUGCCUUCUUUGCUGUUAACGGUUUCAACAUCCUGGUCAACGGUGGGUCCGAUCCACGCUCCUGUUUCUGGAAACUGGUUAGACAUCUGGACAGAGUUGACUGCCUGCUCCUCACCCACAUCGGUACUGACAAUCUUCCAGGGGUGAACAGUCUUCUCCAAAGGAAAGUGGUAGAACUGGAGGAUGAACAAUCUGCCGACUCUCAGAUCAAUGAGGACUGGAUGAAAAAUCUAAUUUCUCCUGAUAUUGGCAUAGUUUUUCUUAAUGCUCCAGAGAGAUUAAAGUCAUUCGAGGGUGAUCCCAAAGAACUGCGGAGCUGCGAUCAGGUGGCACUCACGUUGCAGCAUCUUGACAGGCUAACAAUCAAUCCAGAGCCUCUUAGUCGCUCAAAUGGACCCACCAUUGAGCCUGUUAUACUUUUCCAGAAGAUGGGAGUCGGUCGUCUAGAGCUGUAUGUUCUUAACCCAGUCAAAGGCAGUAAAGAGCUUGAGGCUUUGAUGAAGAACUGGCCCGGCAAUGGAUCCAACAUGAAAGGCUCAGAGAUACCCCUGCCUUGCCUUGUCUCCAUCUGUGCUCUAUUGGUGUGGCAUCCUGCCAGUACUCAUGAGAAGAUCAUUCGAGUUCUCUUCCCUGGGUGUACUCCGCAGGCCAAGAUUCUUGAAGGACUUGACAAAGUAAAGCAUCUAGAAUUCCUGAAACACCCCGCCGUGAGCCUUAGGGACCUUGAAGCAUCCAAAUCAGAUAAACAACCAAAACGUGCAGAGAGUCGGGAGAGCCUUAAGUCCCUUCCCAAGGACUCCAGACCUAGCAGUGCCUUGCUGAAGGACAAACUUGGACGUGGGGACCUUAGGAAACAAGACGUGAAGACCAAGCCCAAAGGCCCAAGUGACAUUGCUCCUAAAGAAAAGGAAGGGGAUGAGAAGUUGAAAUUGAAGGAUGUGGAUGCUAAACAAAGACUUCCAAAGCCCGAAAAGCUUAUGACAAAGAAGGAACCUUUAAAGGAUGAGAAAAAAGAAGUCAAAAAGAGGGAUGAUAAAGCCUCUGCAGUUGUUGCCAAAAAGGAUGAGAAUGUGGAGAAAAAGAGAGAACCAAUUAAGAAAGAACCUCUUGGUCUAAAACCAAAGAAAGACAUCAAACCUGAUCCAAAGAAAGAGAUCAAGAAGGAAAUCAAGCCAGAUGAGAAGAAACCAACAAAACCUGUCAGCAAGGAUGUCAAAAAAGUGACAGCUGGACCUUCAUUAGGAAACGCAGAAGCAAAAAAAAAUGUAGGCAAGAAUGGAACUUUGAAGGAUGCAAUCCCCAAGAAAGACUCAUUGAACAAGGGGGGAAAGUCAAAGACGAGUAAAAAGACAGAGAAUCAAAAAGCUUCAGCCUCUGAAGGGGAUGCGGAUCGUUCUAAGAUGUCAACGCCUGAAGACAUGACAGUGGAAUUCGAGAAGCUCAGAGCAGAAAAUGGAGAGUCAGAGAAAAAGACUGCUGUUGUAGCGAGCACUAUAGCUAACAAUGAAGGAAUGGCGCAACCUGAAACAGAGAAUGGAUCAAGAGAAAAUGCAGAGAAGGGUAACAUCUUGGAAAGUCCAGAAAAGUUCCGCUGCAUGGAGACACUCCCAAAUCCAGAGAAGUCCCUGGGAACCACUUCACCUCUUGCCAAAACUCCUAAAAGUGACCGCAGUGUGAACUUUGAUAUUACACCAACUGAAUACAGACUUCUUGAUGGGGCCCUGCGAAAUGGACAAGAUGCAUGUGCCAGCUCAGAUGAGAAGACUUUAGAGUUGGUCUCCCCUGCUGACUCAGCCCCUAAUAGCGCUGGGCAUACCCCUUUCCACCAAUCACCUGAAGAGGAUGCUCAGGGCUCUGGUGAGGACAGUAGUCUCGGGGGAAGGGUGCCUAGCCUUGGCUUUGAAGACUGCCAUGUCAUGGGUUCUUGCAGGAACUCUGAGGUAGGCUCCUUGAAGGGGAACCUAGAGAACUCUACAUCGUCCCAGGAGAAGCAAUCAAGCCUUUUGACACUGAGUCCCUUCAUGCUGCCGGACUCUGUCUCCCCCAAUAUUACCUCUAUGCCUGCUGAAAUCGGUUCCCCACACUCGACAGAAGUUGAUGAGUCUCUUUCCGUGUCUUUUGAACAGGUGCUCCCAUCUAUUGAUGAGUCACCCAAGGGAGACCAUAUGGACAGGUCCUACUCUAAUGGGCAUUUUGCUGAUCCUGACCCCAAAAUGGGGAUGUCCUUACCUUUGAGGACAUGUCAUAACAUGCGUCCGCCAGGGGACGGCUCAGAGGAACGCCUUACUGGAUUUCAGGGUCUUCUCCCUGACGUUCCCCAUGACGUCGACCUCUGCCUGGUCUCACCUUGUGAAUUCAAGCAUCCGAAAUCCCCAGAGAACCAACAACAGCAUCUGUCUCCGGGGCUAGCGACCGGUAGCCCGCGAGAACUAUCAGAAAACAGCAACCACUCCCAGGACCUAGCUAAGCCACAAAGCGUCAUUCAUAGUGAUCGACAUUCGCCACAAGGUCAGGAGACUCCACCCACAUCUGCUAGUGAGUCCCUCAACACAGCCACAGAUUCAGACAUACCCCCAGGGACUGAAGACUGCCCCUCCAUCACUGCGGACAUGGACUCUGAUGAGGAUUCUGGGAGUUUCCCACCCCACCAUCCACACGACCAUCCCAGCUCUCACUCCUCCAACAGGGGAGCUCAACAUUCCUCUCAGGACCCUCCCCCAGCCCCAAUGAAGGACCUGCCACCCUUGCCGCCCCAGCCCGGUGCCUGCAUGGCUGACCCUGAGGCUGAUGCUCCAAGCAAGACCUCAAAGAGCAGUGCCACAAAAACCAAGAAACCAGCUGGGGUCACACACAGGUUAACGUCAGCCACCAGUACAACUCUGAACAGCAAGACCAAGACUGGCAGCACAACUGGUACGUUGAAAAUCACCUCAAGUCUUGACACAAGGCCUUCAUCCCGCAAUAUCACUAAUGGCUCCAGACCUGGGACUACAAGGUCAACUUUUUCAGGUUCUGUGGGCAGCAAGGCCAGUGCAGCUGGAGGGGCCCCAGUUUAUUUGGACCUGGCUUAUCUCCCAUCUGGUUGUGCCUCUACCACCAUUGACGUGGAGUUCUUCCGACGCCUGCGCUCCUCCUGCUACAUUGUCAGUGGCAAUGAACACCUGAAGGAGUCUGUCAUGAGACCUAUACUUGAUGCCCUACUGGACGGGAAGACAGCCUGGCCCGAUGUGCAGGUCACCCUCUCUCCCCUUCUCUUAUUUCUCAUUUUCCAUAUUUGUAGUACGUUGUCAAAAGUCUUGUCUACUUCUAUGUGCACAUGCUCUCAUUUUUAUUUACCCAUCUACCUUUCUACUCAGGUGACCCUGAUCCCCACUUUUGACUCACUGACGAUGCAUGAGUGGUACCAGGAGACCCACGAGAGGCAGGGGGAGCUGGGCAUUACCGUGCUGGGCAGCAACAGCACUGUGGCCAUGCAAGAGGAGACCUUCCCUGCCUGUAAAGUGGAGUUCUGAGAGAGAACAAGACGAAUCUUCAGAUCCCUGCACUCUUAUCCACCAAAGUAUCUCCCUCACUUUAUCUUCUCUUAAAUUGUGAUGGACUCGUUUCCCCCCUCUAAACUGACGAUUUCCCACCCUAGCAUGCAUCACGUAUAGCCUGGUGGAUUAGCAGGCUUUUCUCCUCCUUUCAAUCUUAUUAAUAUAGAGCGGACUCCAGCAUCUUUGCCUGGGUACAUCUAUACCAUGGAUAUGAAGGCAGAACAUGAAGAUAUUCAAGAGUCUUUUGUCUACCAACAUGAAGAAAUGUUGUUCAUUAUGAAUGCUAGUUAAGGUGGACUUAGAAGACUGGCAAUACUAAUCGAAGUUCCUCACACUUCUUAUCAACAGCCAGGUAGUUGUGAUCCAAAUCCGCAACAGCCCAGAGAAAACUAGUCGACAGCUGUAGGAAACCCUCUGCCUCCUUGGGGCUGAACUCCUGAGUUCUUCCUUCAACGAUGAAUCAUUUAAUCCGUAUAGCGUUUCAUAGGUAUAUUUAGCCCUGCACCCAUUUGCACAGUUAUCAAUUUCCACAGACAAGGGGACCGCAGUGAGAGAAUCAGUGUUACAAUAGAAUAGGAUGUCCAUCAAAAACUAAAAAAGGCAGAGGGUGUGUGAGAGGUGAAGAUGGGACCUUUGUUGUCUCCUGGUGCACAUGUAGUCGUGCAGAGACCUCAGCACUUACUGAAGCACGACGACAUGUUUCGACAUUCCAUUUAGAGUUUCAUAGACGGUCUAUGAACAUUAAGGAGAUCGCCAAUGUCUUGGAAGGUAAUGGUAUGCAUGUGAACAGAAGGAUUACUCUGACAUUGAUAAAACAAUGGAAGUCCACGUUUCAAGAAAUCAUGAAAUGUGCAGUAUUUUUGUGUAACAUUCAGAUCAGUCACUUUAACCCUUCAUCUAGAGCGCAUACUGUGGUAUACUCUUUUGACAGUGUGUUUUUGAAAGAAAUGGCUUGGUAAAUACUAGGUAAUAAUUUGUACUCAAAAUAAAUACUCGUAAGUAGUUUUAGAUGGAAGUCGAUAGACAAUUGAGUCAUUUAUGUACCAACUCGGAUGACUGAAUUAGUUCUAGUACCGAGUAGUUAUUUAGUGAAAAAAUGCACUUUGAAUGAAGUGUUAACAGUACAGUAUAUUUCCACACUAAUAAACCGACUGUAUCCAAACCUCUAUUUGAGUACCUCUUCAAGACCAGAGUUGUUUUUAUCAUAGAGAAGCUGCAUGAUGUCACCAUCCUUUAAUUAUAAACUGGGAGGGUUGAGUCCUGACUGCUGUUUUUCUGAAAGCCGAGGUAUAUCAGACCGAAUACCAAUAGGUAUUUCCCCAAAAAUAUUUUUGCUGUUCUAAUUACGUUGGUAACCAGUUUAUAAUAGCAUUAAGGCACCUCUGAGUUUUUUGGUAUAUGGCCAAUAUACUACAGCUACUGGCUGUAUCCAGGCACUCCGUGUUUCGUUGUGCGUAAGAACAGCCCUUAGCCGUGGUAUAUUGGCCAUAUACCAAACCUCGAGCCUUGUUUCUUAAAUAUGCCAUGUCAAUGGGACCACUGAAUGUCACAUGCACCAGAGGUUAAGCUUCACUGAAGAGGGAUUCACAAAAUGAGAAGUCAUUAGCAAUACUUUGCAAGACAGUCCAUUCCAUUUAUCACAGAGUGGUUAUUAUUGUGCCUAAGUGAACUAAAGGAAAUGCUAAACAUAUGAUUUUUAACAAGAACGGAAAAUCACCGUUAUAUCAGCAAUCGCUUGUGUAUCUGGUUAAUUGCAGUAAAAUGUAAAUGAUAUCUGUGAAUGUCGACGCUUUUAGCUCUCUAUCAAAGCAGAUUGAGUCCAAAUGCAUGUCAGCACUGCUUACACAUCCAUGCCCACCACUUUGCUUGCAGACCAAGCACUUAUGUUAUAUUGCUCUUUGUUACAAAGGAUAUUUUCAUUUUAUUCAAGGAGAAGGGAUAUGAAAGGAUUUAAAACUUUUUUUUCACUUGGGUUAAAUGUUAUUCUUGGAGAAAUGUACUUGUUUUUUUGUUUUGUUUUACUUACACUUGAAAUUAUAUUUUUGGGCCAUGCCGAGUUGUACAAGCAUGCAGAUCUCACAAGUUAAAAUCUCAUUUGAAUUUAAUUAAAUGCCAUGGCUCUUUGAGAGCACCUUGUACAUUUGAAAAUAUGUGAAAAGGGUGUGUUCAGCCAGCCACAUGUUGGCAGAUCAUAUCAUUCUAAUUAUUUCAUACAGAAAAAUGUAGUGUCAUCUGUUUUUCUUUUAUCAAUCCAUUAGCAAUUCUAUUUUUGUUUUUCCUAAAUUGAGUUUUCUGUAUAUCAAUAAUGUGGUGUGGCUACUUUAUCACUUACUAUCAUUUGAUUAGCAACAGGCUACUCGCAUGAUAUCAUUAGCCAAUGGCCGGACAAAGUAAGUGGAACCGAGCUCACGUUGUCACACGGAAGAGUGUUUAGCGGCAGCAUGUGUUUUGGUACUAGCUAUAAGUCUGAGCAAAAAGGAUUGAAAGUGGAUUGCAUGACACUGAUCACUUAUUUAGAUAGCUAUUUCACACUACUGGAGUUAAGUAAUAUAUCUCAUACUAAUCUUAACGUUUGACAAUCUAUCAUGUAUGUAUUUGUGUGCACCAUAUGUCACGACAUUCUAUAUAUCAGAUUCUGGACUCAAUGCAUUGGUUUGGAUAUUGUGUGUCUCGUAACACCCGCUGUUGUUCAUAACAUGACUUGGCUUUGUUCUCAAAGAUGUGUCCCAGAAUGUCUACUACCACCUAUUGAUUCUCCCUCCUUGUCACAAUAUUCUGAAAGCCAAUGUUCGGUGGUAUAUUUGGCUCAUUGGAAUCAAUAGAAGAACAAAAUAAUAAUUCUAAAGAAUGGUCCUGUGUUUCUCUGUUUCCGUCCCUGCCCCAUUUAUAAUAAAACUAGGUGAAUGAGAAA